AGCAGGAAACUGCAUCUUCAGACUUCUGCUCAGCCACGAGAGGAGCUAGGGUCACCGGACGCCCAGGACCCUUUCACAUCGAUCCAUCUCGCGGGGUCAACUCCCGACCAGUUUCCUCAGCCACAGCCUUACCUGUGAGCUCGGACUUCCCCGACUUCCAGCGGAUGCUCACACUGACGGCAGAGACCCAGGACUGCAGUGAGUGGGACACCCAACCCCUUACUCAGCUCUCCUCCGGUAUCAGCGUCUCCCGCAAGGGGACGAGCAUGGUGAUUGUGCCUUGAAGAACCCUGGCUCUGGACGUCUGAAAAGGUGCUGGCCAUGAAGCUGUUCACUUGCUUCUUGCAAGUCCUGGCUGGGUUGGCUGUGCAUUCCCAGGGGACCCUGUCUGCUGGCAACAACUCAACAGAAGUGGAAGUGGUGCCUUUCAAUGAAGUAUGGGGACGCAGUUACUGCCGGCCAAUGGAGAAACUGGUGGAAAUUGUGGAUGAGUACCCUGAUGAGGUGGCACACAUGUUCAGCCCAUCCUGUGUCCCCCUGAAUCGCUGUACUGGCUGUUGUGGGGAUGAGAGUCUACACUGUGUGCCGCUGAAGACAGCCAAUGUCACCAUGCAGAUCUUGAAGAUCCCCGCCAUCGGGGACCAGCAUUCCUACGUGGAGAUGACGUUCUCUCAGGAUGUGCUCUGUGAAUGCAGGCCUAUCCAGGAGAAGACGAAGUCAGAAAGGAGGAAAAUCAAGGGGAAGAGGAAGAAAGAGAAGCAGAAACCCACAGACUGAGGGACCCCACCUGUACGGUGAUGCUGUUCCCUGGAGGUAACCAGCCCCUCAGAGGAGAAACCCCACACCCAGCUCAUAUAUUUAUUACCGCCACCCUCUCAGAUCCUUCCCUGCUGGUACCUACCCUCUAUUUAUUAGCCAGCUCGUCCCUGCUGAAUGACUUGCUCCCUCCAAGAUAAGGGGCAUGGAAGGACAGGACCCUCAGGAAUUCAGUGCCUUAAACAGAACGUGAGAGAAAGGAAGAAGCCAGCCACGGUUCCGUGGGAGCUUCGGCUUGGGAAGAAGCAAGACAUGGACAAUAGCCUUUCCAGGGGCAAGCCAGGCCCCUGAGGCUCUGGGUCUCCAGGGAACUGGAGAAGGAAAGAGAAGGCCCAGUACCUACCCUGGUUCCCGGCUCCACCCAGGCAGCAGCUCUGGCCCUGGCUGCAUUGAAGACAUGUAGAGGGGACCCAGCCAUGUCCUCUUGCUGCUGGAAUCAACUGUUUACCCUGGAGACCAGGACAAGACAUUUGGCUCUGGAGAACAGAGCUUGCCUGUGGGCUUUGCCUUUCAGCCUAGAAGUUCACUCUUCAUCCUUUGCAAAGCACCACCACCCUGCCCCCUAUCUGGGACACAGGCGGAGUGGCCUGGGGCCGAACAGAGGGCAGGCUGGAUAAUAGCCCAAUAGAUUGGUGGAUUUUUCACAGCUGCAAGCCAGGGGCGUGUGUCCUAGUGGUACGGCUGCGGAAAGCAAGCAGAUUCCUGGAGGGCCCUUGCAGCCCACCAAUCGUCUCUGCCGGGACUGUCUAACUGCCAAGCCAGAUUCUCUUGAAUAAAGCAUUCUAGU